UUCAGCUCUGUGCGUCGCACACGGCCAGGACAGAAGAGACCUUCCGCAUACAUACAGAUAAGAUGCUGCUCCCAGCCGGCCUGUUGAUUGGUCUGCUGUGCCUGAAUCACCUGGGCAGUGCGUGGGGUUUCGCCCGUCUGCUUGAUGAUGUAGAGCUGCGCUCAGCUUUCUCGGUCGCUCGCACCAGCAGCAUGGAAGGUGGGCCGAAGAUGACGGUGACCUUUGACGCUGUUUACGUCAACAUCGGUGGGGACUUUGAUGCCAAGUCUGGUCUGUUCCGCUGUCGUAUCCCUGGAGCCUACUACUUUUCCUUCACCGUGGGAAAGUUUCCACAUAAGGACCUGUCUGUGAUGCUGAUGAAAAACAGGAAUGAGGUGCAGGCCAUUGUGUAUGAAGAAAAUGCAGGGGAGGAGAGGAAGGUGCAGAGCCAGAGCGUCAUGCUGCAGCUGGAGUUCGGGGAUACUGUCUGGCUCCGUCUCCAUGGCGACCCUCGCUACGCGCUGUACAGCAACACCGGACACUACACCACCUUCAAUGGUUACCUCGUGUACCCCGAUGUCUACGGCUACCAAACGCACCGCCAUCACCACCAGCAGCACGCCGACUCCGAGCAGCCACUGCAAGACAACGUCCCACUGCCGAGCGACAACCAGGCCCAUACCAGACCCGGAAUGACGGAUGGGGAGAAGGAGCCGCAAAUAAAAGAGGAAGAAGAGGAGGAGGACGAAGAGGAUGACCAGAGAUCUGCUUUCUCGGUGGGGCGCACCCAAAGCAUUGUGGGCGUGAACCAACUGGGCAUGCCGCAACACCAGCCGGUGAGCUUCGACACUGCAUUUGUUAACAUAGGGGAAGACUUCAACGUGACAGAGGGAGUGUUCACCUGCCGCAUUCCCGGGGCGUACUAUUUCUCCUUCAACGUGGGCAAGAUGCCACAGAAGACACUGUCCGUCAAACUGAUGAAGAACCGCCUGGAAGUGCAAGCGAUGAUCUAUGACGAUAGCCAAGGUGAGAAAGCUCUGCAAAGCCAGAGUUUGAUGCUGUCACUUAAACCAGGGGACACAGUCUGGCUCUACUCCCACCAGAGAGAUGGAUUCGGUGCCUACAGCAACCAUGCCAAGUACAUCACUUUUACCGGCUUCCUGGUAUACCCAGAUUUUCCUGCUGCCGCCACCACCAAUACUGCCACCAGCCAAUCAUAUGCAGACAAGAAACCCUAGCUGCAGCACCUUGGCUAGGCACCGAACAUUUCUGGAGGAAUUCAUACAAGAUGGAAAAGUCUCAGAUUUCACAGAGUACUGGGGAGCUGUACUCCAAAUGAGUGCUGCUUUGUGGCUGUCUUUCUGCUUCAUAUGAAUUCCUUCACAAAGUCACAGGGACCCGGACUGAGUGCAGCACUUACAACAAAAUCAAUGUUCAGCCAGUGGCUUCCCAGGAUAUGACGUUGGCAGAUGUGAAUAUUUAACUCUUUAAUGAAAGUUCAGUGGUUAUCACCCACUCACUCCUGUGCUAGCUCAUCAGUUAGCGUCCAUGUCUUUUAUACAGCUCAAAAACAGAGUGGGAUUCAGAAACGCUCUGUGAUAUACUGUUAAUAAUUAUUAUAUGAUUGGAUGGAUAUUGGGACAAGACGGUGGACUGCUAAGGUGGAAUGCUAGCAAGCUAACUUGCAAGUUAGGCAACAAAGAUAGGUUAGCGAGCUGCAUGUGCGAUCACAGAUAUCUGAUAAUUAAUGCCGCUGUUAGAAAGUCACUCACAAACACUGAGUCCAAGGCGGUGCAAUAAACACAGCAAGUUAUUUUUAGACAGCAGCAAUGAAAAUGCCCCAAAAGACAGUUUCACUUCUCGCUAUAAAGAUAAAGAAAAAAACUGAACCCAACUCUACACCUGCGUAUUUCUGCUGCACUGAAACUGAGUUGUUUCCGUUGUCAGGCCCAAGUGGCUCAUAGAUUUGGCUUUGUUAGCUUCUUUCUUUAGACGAGGCUGCUGCUCGUUGCCGCUUGAUGACUUUAAGUUGUUGGCAGAUAAACACAUAUGUUACUUGCCAACUACAUUGCUAGAUUAAGUGAUUAAAUGAGGCGACUUUAGUUAAAGUGUUAUACGAUUAUUUAAUGUUGACAGCUGGCCAGUGCGUACCACAGUACAUCGUCCUUGUAAAGUCUUUAUAUUUGAUUGCAUUUUGAACAUAAGAUCUUGCUCUGAAGAGAAACUUGUAAGCAUGUUUUGAUAAAUGUGCAGUAAAUGUCCUGUGUAAUGUACUGCAGAAUUAUAAAGGAAGGGUUCAACUGCAAAACGAUGUACUUAAUUCCAUUACAUUGAGCAAAAUGAAAAUUCAAACUGCAUGCAUACUUCAGUCUGAGCUGUAGACAAGGCAGUGAGCCAUAAAGCUGUGGUAGAUAAUCACUGAAUUUUUCAUUUUUUUGAGCAAAAUAUUCCUCCAAGUGCAUUUGUUACCCUCGUCCAAGGUGUUUCUGCUUGUAAAGUGUCUUUACUUUCUUUGUCUAUAGAGGCAUGUAAAUUGAUAUGAAAUUUGUGUAUUUUGUGUCAAAACGAGUCUUUUUUUUUUAAAGUUUGGUGUUUCUCGCCCAAAUAUCGGCCGCAGGAGGAGCAGAGCGCGACGGGAACAAACUGACGUAGCUGUAGAAAUGUGCAGACUCCAUAUCCAUCCGACUGUUGACCACAUGCCACCUCUGAGCCUGCGGGGAUCUGGACCUUAAUUUGAUUUCUAAUUCUAGCGGCGCUUAAUUCAUGUCUUCAGAACCACUGUGGGGAAAAUUUAAUUGCUUCUCCCGGCUGCUAUAAUAUGCAUGUCUGUUUAAUUUCACACCGCAGGGGAAACGAUGAUGCUGUUCAAGUUGUGAUGAACCUUGACUUUAUGAAAUCACCUUCUCCGUUGGAAAGGCAACAUGUGAAAUCAUACUUCACUUUUACUGAACAUUUACAUUCUUAUUACAGUUAACUGGCUAUAAAUUCACAGGAAUGAGGUUCUCAUAUAACCAACGAUCUAAACCAGGGGUGUCCACCUCCAGGCCUCGAGGGCCGGUGUCCUGCAGGAUUUAGAUCUCACCCUGGGUCAGCACACCUAAAUCACAUGAUUAGUUCAUUACCAGGCCUCUGGAGAACAUCAGGACAUGUUGAGGAGGUCAUUUAGCCGUUUGAAUCAGCUGUGUUGGAUCAAGGACACAUCGAAAACAUCCAGGACACCUGCCCUCGAGGCCUGGAGGUGGACACCCCUGAUCUAAACACACCAGUGUAUAAAAAAUCGGACGACUGCCGAUCCUGAGCCACACAAAAAAAUCUCUAUUAAAAAUUAAUUAGCCCAGGAAAGUAGUGAAAAGCGGUAUCGUACUCUUGUGUAUAAACACUUCCUCUUCCUCCAGUGAAGUGCAUUCAGACUGAAGCACCACAGCAGGGGUAAUCAUCGCGUGGGUAGCCACGCUUCAGUUGGCAGGCUGAAUGGCAGUGAAUGUUGCAGCCAAUACACGUAACUCCUAAAAUAAUCCAAACAGCCACGCUAUUAAUAAACUAGAUGCCCGUUAACUCGCUGCGGUCCUGCCAGUUUUACCGGCCCUUGGAGCGCCACAAUGGUGGAAGAUUCAUUGGAAGGAAACAUAAACAGUGGGCUGGUGCAAAGUCAUUUGGACUGAUUAGGAAAAAAUACAAGCUGCAUUAUAAGAAGCAUGCAACCCUUCAUGUGUCCCUGAAUUCUGACUAGCCCUCAUCUGGCAGUAAUGUGAUUAGUUGCUAAUAUUAAGAGCAGAAAUUUCUAACCACACACACCGUGGCAAAGGUGCAGACGGAAAUGAGAGUGUGCAGCAGCACGAAGUCACAUCAAAUGGACCAAGGUGUGGAAAACUGGGCUUUAAAAUGAUGAGAACCUGAAGAGAUAAACCUGAAAAUGUUCCCAAACGACAGCGUUAGAGUAGUGGAAAGUAAAAAGAAAAGUCUUUGCUUCAUUGUCACAUCUUUUGGGCGCAGGAGAAAUGAUUUUGCACCAGCUGGUCUCCGGCUUCAGGUGGCUCCACACUCACAGUCUCACUACAAUUUCCUGUCCUUUACAGGCUGCACUCACGUCUGGGAAAUUCAGAAUAAUAUGCGUUUUUUUUAACAGUAUGAAAUUACACUGUGAGCGUGGCUCAUUGCAGAUAUAUUCUGUCACAGUCUAACACUUGGUGGUUUGAGCCUCAGUGAGGAGGAGUGCACACAGGUGGAACGCCUCAGUUCUGCUUCCAGAACCAUGACCAGUCUGCAAAGGUGUCCAGAAAUCCUGCCAAACUCGUGUGAUGCAUGCAUUUAAGUGAAAUACAUGAAAAAGAUACUUUGUCACGAUUGCCGAGCAGCUUCACAGACCCACUCGAUGCCUGCUGUGUACUUUUCUUGAUUAGUGACUUAUCUGUAUAGUAACUGACGAUAUGUUGGAUGUUUCGGGUCUGUGCUUCUCUGUUUCUGAUAAUCCCCAAUGGAAGACUGUGUAUUAGUAAAUAUGUGGCAGACAUGGGUCGAAAUGUGCUCGCUUUCUGGAACAGCAUCAUUUUACUCGGCAUGAUUGAAACUGUGACCCUGCUUAUGGGGAAAGAGGGCUCAGUUUGACCCACAGCCUGUCUGCAGUAGUCUGCCUCACGUUGACUCUUUAAAGUGUUUCGAG